CAAUGGGUGAUGAUUUCAUUUUUUCCUUUUUGCGAACAAGUGGAGACAAGACAAGAUUCGAUUGUGUUAGAGGAUCCAUAGGUGAGAGAAGUAGUUAUGGAUGCAGAGGAAGAAGGAGCAAAGCAAAGCAUUUACAAGGCAGCGAGAAGCAUAAAGCGAAGAGACAACAGUUUGUAUAACGCACUGAGAUCGAUAUACGAGGACUCGAUCUUCGUCUCUGAAAUCUCAGAGCUAUGGCCGCAGCUCCCUCUCCUCGGCAACCUCCGCUGCGGCCUCUGGUACUCCCGCCGCUUCCACACCACCUGUUACUUCAAAUCCACCGACGGCCACACCAACAACUGCUCCUUCACCACCGCACGCCUCAACCUCCACGUCGCCCAACUCGCCGGGCAGAAGGGUGGCUGCAUCAUCGUUGAUUCCACUCGGAGAGGAAAGCGCUUCCCUGAUAGCAUGUCCAAAACUAUACCCAUCUGGACCUGUGUUUUCAAUCGUGCCAUUAGGGACUUUCGUGAUUCUAAUGGUUGUCAUGAAAGUGCUCUUGAUUGGGAUUGCUCCUUGCAUCUUUCCCUGUGGGUUUCCCAAACCGAAAGAGCUUCCAUUGAGGAGCGGUUAGAGGAAUGGACUCUGCUACUGAAAGCAAGUGGGGCUGAUAUUGCUUCCCUUGCUGCUUGCUUGAGGAAACCGUUGCGCCCUCUCUGGAUUUCACAGAAGACUGUCAUAUGGUUAAAUGAAGUACCUCACCAUGAAUCUUGGGACUUCACACCCAUCAUUCUUGUGUCGGCAUCUUCAUCAGUUGGCAUAAGCCAACACAGGACUACAUCUGAGUUCAGCUGGAAUUACAUACCAGGUGCUGGAGAUGACGAAGAAAGCUGGGCUAGGGGCUUAUCUCCUGGGCUUUUCUGGAAACAUGUAUAUGAUCUUAUAAACUCAGGUCCUGAUGUGUGUAACCAGAAGGUUGCGGAUAUGGUUGAAAAGAGUAGAGUAUCCCGUGCUUAUAGGGGAGAAAAUGUGCCACAGGUCACAGUUAAAUCCCUUAAGUCAGCCUCUCUUUCACAUGAAGAAUCAUCGGUGACUUAUGAUGCUUCAAAUGUUGUAAUUGACAACGAGUCUUCGGAAGAUUUUGGAAUAUCUUGGUUGGGUUCAACUAAUUUGGCAGUUGGCACGGCUCAAGCUGCUGCAGAUGCUACUGAUGUUGAUUGCAUAUUGAAUUGUGAUAAGGAGUCCAUCUCUGUCUGUCUUCCCAGUGAUGACUCAUAUUUGCAUCUUCCAAUGGUGACUUCAAAGUUUGAUCGAUUCUGUUUAUUAAAUAAUCUUCCUAAAGCGGUGAGCUUUGCAAAGUUCAAUCUCAGCCGGGGAAAAAGACUUCUAGUUUGUUGUAAUAAUGGGGAAGAUAUUAGUGUAUGUGUUUGUUUAGCAAUCUUGAUGUCAUUAUUUGAUGAAAAAGGUACGUUUGAUGAUGGAAAAUCCUUCAGUGCAACACAAGCCACUAAAUGGGAUAUGAAGCGAAGGCUUGUAUAUGUAUGCAAGUUUGCAACAGAUGCUCGACCAUCCAGAGGAAAUUUGAGGCAAGUUUUUAACUUCCUGAUUGGUGGAAAAUGCGACCAUCAUCUGGACACAGUAAGAGACGAGAAAUUGGAAUUGGAAUUGCAAGAACACGUUAAUGAAUAAAUACUUUGGUCAUUCCUUAAACUUUUCAAACUUUAUACCCUUGAUUUCUUUUUUUAUAAGUAUUUAUAAAGAAUUUAUCUGAACGUGAUCUAAAAAUGUAACUUUAGCUUUUAGGUUGAUGAGUUGAUGAACAAUGUAUUUGGGCAAUUGGGCUCAUUUAUUCUCUGUUGGUAUCCGAUUCUAUUCUUUAUUAGUUUUUUUGUGUUUGAGAUGUUCAAUAAAUUAGAUGCUUGUUAAACAA